AUGACUAUGUUCAAUAAAGAUGUUACUGAAUGUGACACAUUAUAACACAGUGUGCCACACACACCUAUUUGGCAUGGUUUGGAAAAAUGAUUUACAGCAGAGCCUGGUCACAAGACAAAAUCUGCCCAAGCAUCCUAAAGCAGAGUAGCAACAGAGAAGCCCAUUGGCUAAGAGCUGUCAGCAGCUGAAAUAGCUAUGUAAACACUUUCCCUCUCUCCGUGAGCCCUGGUAAUUAUAGCCAGGAUGCUGGUGACGACAGUUGUCCUAUCGAGACUUCAAAUGCUGGAAUAAAUUUGACAUUAUGAUAUUUGAUCCCAGCUCCAGUGGCGCAGCCCACGUAAACAGUGGGGAGCAGUAUAAAGGCUGGGUACCCCGGCUGGAACAGAAGUUGUUUACCCUUUAGCCCAACGCUCCUGACUUAACCUCAACAACGAGGGGAAGGGGGCCCUUUAAAUCCAGGCGGCAGGUUUUUUGACGUAACACUGCUGAGGAAAAAUCUGGAGGGGGGUGAGCACCAGAGAGAGGGGACUUAACGAUCUGGAGGCCAGAGGAGUGGAUCUGUUUGAGAGGCCAGAGCUCACAGAGCGCAGGAAGUAGAGCAGGCUGAGGAUUUAUACAGGAGGGAAGAGAAAACCUCUGUGUAGAGAAAGUGUUUCAAGGUCAUCGAUCCUUCCGGCCCUCCCUGCUAACCCCCGCUGUGACCUCUGAAAGAAAAGUGGAACAAGAGAAAGGGGAAAUUUCCGUUUAAAAAACGCCUCUGGACAUUUAGCAGCCUGCGUAAUGGCAGCCAUUGAUCUGGAGCGUGGGCUGGAGCACAGAGGCAGGGGCUGGGGACAAGAGAGGCCAGAGCUGAUGGACAACUUCGACUCUGAGAUGCAGGAGUGGGAGGACCAGCUGCAGGACAUCCAGAGGAAAAUCGAAGAGUUGUACAAUGAAGUUCAGGCCCGCAGAGGAGCAAACGACAUCCCAGCUGACAACCAGAAGAAUGGCAGAGAAACGGAGUGUGGCCUGGUGCACAGUUCUGGUCUUUUUGUGCCGGGCCAGAAUCACCCUGGAGCUCUGCCUGUGCCACAUCACCGUGGCAACGGCUGCAACUACAACCCCAACGGGUACAGCUACCCCGUGAGUCAUCAGGAUGGCUACGGUUACUGCCACGGCAACGGUGUCUCAGAGAUCGGGGACUUGCUGCAGGAUUAUUUGGGACAGGGGAAACAAAUUGGCCGGAAGACCAAUGGAGCGCGCCAUGUGCACUUCAGUGACACGAUCAAGGUGAGUCAGGACACCCCUGCAUACGAGAAUGAGUUCAGCAGAAGAUAUCAAAACGACAGGUUUGGUCAUGAACAGUUUCGGGACAGUUUUGAGGCGACUGAAAACAGAAAGAAUCAAGUGUCUCAUAUGAAGGGCUCCCCUCGCAGAGAGAGUUCCCCCAACAAGGAAAACACAGGCGCCAAGCCCCCUCUGGGACAAAGGGAUGCUCCUGCUGCACAAUCACGCUCCCAGCUCCCACUAACGACUGUCGAAUCUCCCGCUCUGGACAGGAAGUGCUUCGGUCCGGGCAUCCUGGGAGACAGAAAGUGCAGCAGCCCCUCUGUUCUCAGGAAGUUUGGAGCCAUGCUGCAGGAAAAUGAGGGCAAAACUCUCACUGAAACAGGGGUGGUGACCCAACAGGAACUGUCCCUGGAGCCAAAAUGCCCCACCCCCGGGUGUCAUCGCAGAGCUCUGGGAGCUGCUGCAGUCGCCGGCAGGGCGCCCGCACGUAUGCCUGCCCACAAAUGCCAAGCGGAUUCUGAUGCGCUGACAGCAGAUUUAGAGCCGAGCCAAGAAUGGGGCUUAGUGUCAGACUCUGGGAGACAGAACCAUAAAGAUCAUAGGGGAGGCUACGGCGCAUCCAAAGGAUCUCAGCCCAGUCCUCAGCCGUCCCACAGGAGAUCACAGGUGGCAGGGAGCCCAAAGAUUAGACCUAGGACAAACAGUGGGGCAGAAAGAGAUGGAGGAAGGAAGCCUGCACCUCAACAUGUGGAGCCCAAAAUGGACUACAGGGUGUCCAGUGCUUCCUCUGGAGCUCACAGGAUUCAGAGGGGUGGGUUAGCAGGACAGGAGUUUCCAGGUUGCGGCCGAGUGAGGGAUGAAGGACUCAUUGAGCUGCUGGACAUGCUGGACAUCCAACAUGAGUUCAGCUCCAGCCCCAGAACAAGUCACACAGCUUACAGCAGACAGGAGCAGCAGGUAAAUCCAGCCGAGUCGUCUGCAGUAAAACCCAAUAGGUGCUUCUCUCGUCCAGCACGGCCAGCCAACCAGCGGCCUCCGUCCAGGUGGGCUAGCCGCACCCCGCCCGCUUUAAUCACCGCCCCAUCAGGCCCAGUGUAUCGCCCCCCAAGCCCAAUGACCAGAACCCAAAGCCCAGCCCUGAAGCACCGACCUCCUCUCUCCUACUCUCUUCAGACUGAGACUGUCAUUAUGUGAUACUUUUACAUUUCAGUAAAGCUUGAGCCCUCCCCAGGAAAACCCCUCAUGUGGUAACCACCCAACACGCUCUUUGUAAAUAGCGAGGACUUGCUCUGGUAAAGUGCUUACGAGAGAGUGGCGGGAAAAGUGCUUCAUUUCACCUCUAUGCCGCUUUAAGAGAUGAAACACAUCCACGACAUUCUCCAGUGUUGCUGUGGCUUUUUGCUUCUUUUGUGCCUAACAUUAGUCGACAGCUCCCCCUUUCUCCUCUUUUCUCAUUGUUUUUGUAUUGCGUUUAAGGUGUUUUCUGUACAAAGAGAUUUCAGCAUGCUGCCCUAGACUGAGGGUGCAUGCUCAUGUGUUUAAUCCUCAUUGUAGCCGUGUUGAAUCAAAUUCAACCUGGCCAAGAGAGGGAGUGGAUUAAUUGGCAACUGUGCUCCAAGCAGCAAACCUGCUAACUGUCAAAAACAGUGUGUUUUACUGUAUCAUAUUGUCAAAGUAAUAUAUUUAAGAUGUUCAAAUACCAGCUGUGAAAAAUGACUGAUAUGCCUUUAAUGUUUUUUUUGUUUUCUUGGUAAUAAAUAUGA